CCAUUCUCCUUUUCUUAUUCCUACACAAAAUAAAGCCCAAAACUUCAACCAAAUCCUCUCACAAAAUAAUACGACCACUAUCUCGAACAAUUCUAAAUUCUUAACCUGAAUCUAGUUUUUCGCCCACUGUUCUGUUUUCUUCUUAUUUUUUUCCAUGUUAGAAGAUCAUCAAUUACCGGUCAUUUGGCCAAUCCCGGCGCAGCUAGGGGCUGGAUAUUUGUGAGGGCUGAAACUCGGAUUUGGGAGAUGAUGAUCUGAAGUACCGCCAUUGUUUUGGUUCCAUUUGCAGAUGGAGUCAAAUUCACAUGAGGAUAACAACUCGGAUACAGACGCCCGUUUGCCGCCACAUAAGCGUCUUCUAGCCGGGCUCAAGAGACAUAUUCCCGAUGUUUAUUCCUCGGGCCCGUCUACUCCUUGUAGUGCUGACUGUGAAUACUAUGCUCGCCUAAACAAUCUCCUGAGGUUCCAUUUGAGUAACCCUAAUCUCUCGAAUGAGGAGCUUCUAGAAUCCUCCAGAAGUGCCGCAAUAAAAGCUACAAAGUUUGCCGAGGCCAAAAGGGCCAAUGCCGAGCAAAAGGCUACCAAGGCUGCCCAUGCGGUGGCUGCUGCCAAGAAUGCCCUUGAACUCGUUGCGAAUCUCGAGGAGGCUGCUGCUAGAAAGGAUAAGAAACGGAAUAAAGUAAAAAAGCAUGUCUCGGUCGAGGCAUUUUAUGAUAAGAAUAAAAGGGAGAAAAAUGUAAAUUGCAGGGCAGAUGAGGAAGAAGUGGCUCGUAAUUUGGACCGGGCCUCAAACGGUUCCCCGAGAUUUUCGAAAAACUUGCCGGACUCGGAUUCAAAGAUUCGCAAGCACAAGAAGCUGAAAGAUACUGUUUAUAGUACGGAGAGUCGUGUUAUUAAGGAAAUAGAUAUGAUAACAGUGGAUUUGAACUCGAAAGACGGUGAAGGCGAAGAAAAAGCGAUUCAGGAUAAUGGCGAAGCGGGAUUCGAUAAUUUGAAGGAUAAAUAUUCCGAGCCAUUGGAUAGUGUCGGUAGAAAGAGAGGUAGGAUCAAGCAGAAAAAGUUGCCGUUGAGUAUUUGUAGCUUCAAAAACCGAGCAGCCCCAACAGACGAGGAAGGGCAAUCUGUUGAUGAUUCGGAAGCAACUGCAGAGAGGUCGUUGAAUUCGGAGUGUGAUUCGCAGAGUAAAGCAAUGGAGUUGUGACAUUUUCUUUUUUAAAAAAAUAAUAAGGGGGCUUUAUUGAUAGGAAUCAUUGGCCAAAUUGUGUUUAUUCUUUUCUUUUUUCUCUUGUUUUGUUUUAGUCACGCAGGAGGCCCUAUUUAUUUUCUUUUCCUUUUUAGUUUUUCAGAUUUGUUUGUUGUGGUUAUUCUGUAUUGCUGCUUGUGAGUACAGUGCUGAUUUUUUGAACUCUGAAUGUAUUAUGUCUGUCAAGUGCUUGAAGCUUGAUUGUGUGUAUGCCAAGUGCUGGUAACAUAUAUUUCAGAAGCUUCAAUAUCAUGAAUUAAAGAACUUGGCCAUAAUAUUUUAACAGUGAACCAAUUUUCACAUGUAGCUCAAACAAUGUAAAUCAUGAGAGUUUUUCGAAAGCCAAAACAAGCACAAACACACACAAUCAAUGUACAGUGAUGGUUGAGCGGUAUGAAAACCAGAGUAAAGGGAAGGGAAUGGAAGAACAAAGAAACACCACUCGUUCAACGUUUAUCAUCUGCCACCAGCUGUGUCGAGAUGCGCAUAUUUUUGCAGCUUCAUGUCGCAUGCUUUUGGGCCCGCAAACUAAAACGCCAACGUCCGAUCCUUUGCAAUCCAGAAGUAUACCUAUGAAUCGCGAAAAUAGCAAAUGUAGCAAAGAAGUAACAAAACAGAAAAAAAGAAAAAAAGAAGAUGAAACUCACUCUUCAAAUCGGGACGCGAAACGUUUGUCGACUGAACAAGCGACUGAUGAGGAAGGCUCUCGAUUUCUCUAUCCGAACUGCAUAGCCAAGAAGAAGGCGACAUUACAGGUGUCGGCAUAUCCACAUUCUGGAUUUGAUUCUUCCCUUCAAUGUCGAUUUUUCUCUUUUGCCACAAGAAAAUAGCAUUAGUAGCCACAAACACACUAGCACACACAAGAAACAUGUCCCACAAAAUUUUAUAGCUAUAAUGAUAAUUCUCUCCCCUUUUCUCGACAGGAUAUAUAUGGUAACGGGUUACAAAUCCCAAAAGCAAUAAAAAAAAUAAGGAACGAGGAUGAGAUUAUCUCGCCUAGCCAAAGCCAGCUGUUUUUUCCAAGAGCAGAAGUUAAAGGCAUAUCAAGUGGUUUUGGUUUGAACGUUUUUGUCACGAUUUGGCUUUUUGCGUACUCGUGAGGCUUUUCUUGCUCUUGAGUGAAUAAAUGUAAUAACCUUACGUCAUCAAAUGAUUGUAUAGAAUAAAUGGCGAGGUUCAUGCACAAAUGCUAAGGAAUAUUUCUGAUGAAGUUAUUCAUUUGGUAGUCUACUAGUCUUAGUAUAAGCUGUGUGUUAGUUUUGUACUGAU